AUGGAGGAGACAGUCGUGCAGCCCUCAGUAUUCGUGGUGGACGGACAGACAGACAUCCCGUUCACGAGGCUGGGGCGAAGCCGCCAGAGACAGCCAUGCAGCGCAUCCCGGGUGGGCCUGGGUCUCCUGCUGCUGCUAAUGGGGGCUGGGCUGGCCACCCAAGGCUGGUUCUUGCUGCAGCUGCACUGGCGUCUGGGGGAGAUGGUCACCCGCCUGCCGGACAAAGACACAGGCUCCUGGGAGCAGCUGAUUCAAGAGCGGAGGUCCCACCAGGCCAACCCAGCAGCACACCUCACAGGGGCCAACUCCAGCUUGACAGGCAGUGGGGGGCCACUGCUGUGGAAGACACAGCUGGGCCUGGCCUUCCUGAGGGGUCUUGACUACCGUGAUGGUGCCCUGGUGACCCUCCAGGCUGGCUACUAUUAUAUCUACUCCAAGGUGCAGCUGGGUGGUGUGGGCUGCACACAGGGGCUGGCCAGUGGCCUGCCCAUCACCCAUGGCCUCUACAAGCGCACACCCCGCUACCCUGAAGAGCUGGAACUGCUGGUCAGCCGGCGGUCACCCUGCAGACGGUCAACCAGCUCCCGCAUCUGGUGGGACAGCAGCUUCCUGGGUGGCGUGGUACACCUGGAGGCCGGAGAGGAGGUGGUCGUCCGUGUACCGGACGUGCAACCAAUCCGACUCCGUGAUGGCACCCGGUCCUACUUUGGAGCUUUCAUGGUGUGA